UCGUGCAUCUCGUUGAAAAUAUUUUCUAUCUUUGCAUGCAGCGGUGUACUUUAGUUGCAUGCAGCUGUAGAUGUCGUUAGAUCGUAUGUUGCAUCUUCGAGCUCUGGAUUUCUUGGUUGCAGGAGCAUUUUCUCCUAUGUCCGACGAGUCGAAUUGGUCAUGUUCAGCCACAAGUUCUCAGCCACAAGUCAUAUCUGAUAAGAUCCAAGGCAUCCUGUGGCUUGAGCUAUCAGAUGCGGCUGUGCUUCUCCAAUCAUCUAGGUACAAAAGACAAUUAAGAUCUAAAAGUCGCCUCGUCAAGAGAGACCCCACCAACCCGCGUUCCCACCCAACUCUCCAUCAGCCUCAUCCAUCACAAGCGGAACAUCGCAGGCGGAACGUGAAUAAUAUUCACUGAAUAUUAUAGCAUCUUUCAACCCCCAACCCCCACGAAGAGCCCCGUUCCUUUGACGCAACUUCGAACAUACCCCAGUGAUAUUUUUAUUUAACCAACCGACUUUCAUUUCCAAAUACAUUUCCAAAUAUACAUAACAGCUCUUUAUCCAGCCUCCCCGUCCCAUUAUUUCGAAUCCGCCUCCGCCAAGGGGCUUCCCGGCAAUAUGGGGAAUACAACGAGCACCGUGCUAGAUAAUAUCGUUCAGGGGUCGAACUUCGACAGGGAGGAGGUCGAUAGGCUGAGGAAGAGGUUCAUGAAGCUUGAUAAAGAUAACUCGGGCACGAUCGAACGAGAAGAGUUUCUUAGCUUACCGCAAAUAUCGUCAAACCCGCUCGCUACGAGAAUGAUAGCCAUCUUCGACGAGGACGGAGGCGGGGACGUAGACUUCCAGGAGUUCGUGUCGGGGCUGAGCGCGUUCAGCAGCAAGGGCAACAAGGAGCAGAAGCUGCGGUUCGCAUUCAAGGUGUACGACAUCGACCGGGACGGGUACAUCAGCAACGGCGAGCUGUUCAUCGUGCUUAAGAUGAUGGUUGGGAGCAACUUGAAGGACCAGCAGCUCCAGCAGAUCGUCGACAAGACCAUCAUGGAGGCCGACCUCGACAAGGACGGCAAAAUCAGCUUCGAGGAGUUCACUAAGAUGGUCGAGAAUACUGACGUUAGCAUGAGCAUGACUUUAGAUCAGUUUUAGAUACCUAGCCGCACCACCGGCCAUGUGGCCGUAGUAAUGAAUUAUGAAGCCUGGGACGAAUUUGCGCUUGUUCUUGUGCUUGUUAACAGGUGGACUUUAUCAUCUGUGAAGACUUGGUGAUUAUUAAUGUCACUCGCAAGUCGAAAACGGGGAGGUGUGUUAUUUGGAGUGAGCGGGAACUUUGACGAGGUACUAAGAGGGGAUCCAGUAUGUAAUCUGUAAUCUCAAUGACGAGUUCCCAGAGAUAGCCUCAGAAGUUGUAUCCGUGCAUAAAUAUAGUUGCCAAGGUGACUUACGAUAUAAGGUCCGCUUUGAGUCUUAAUAAAAGAUUUAGAUGCUAGGUAUCUUGAAGCCUUAGAAUAAAAAAAAACCAGGAAGAUCCCUCUUCUUGUCUGCCGGAA